CGGUUUGGUCCUCCCCGGGCGCCGUAGGCGGCGCAUCCCUCGCGCCCAGGGCUGAGAUCCUCCCGCGCCUAAGGCAGCGGCGGCUGCUGAGCGGAGCUGCAGUGGCCCCAGCCUCCUCCCCAUUUCCGCGCCUCCGGGACCAUGGCGGCGCAGGCGGGUGAAGAUGCCUGGAGGUGCCGGGGCUGUGGAGACCAUGUCACUCCAAACCAGAGGUUAUACAGGACAGUCAGUGAGGCCUGGCAUAGCUCCUGCUUCCGGUGUUCAGAAUGCCAGGAUUCCCUUACCAACUGGUACUAUGAGAAGGAUGGGAAGCUUUACUGCCACAAGGACUACUGGGGGAAGUUUGGGGAGUUCUGCCAUGGAUGCUCCCUGCUGAUGACAGGACCCGCCAUGGUGGCCGGGGAGUUCAAGUACCACCCAGAGUGCUUUGCCUGUAUGAGCUGCAAGGUGAUCAUUGAGGAUGGAGAUGCAUAUGCCCUGGUGCAGCAUGCCACCCUGUACUGUGGGAAGUGCCACAACGAGGUGGUGCUGGCACCCAUGUUUGAGAGGCUGUCCACGGAGUCUGUUCAGGACCAGCUGCCCUACUCUGUCACACACAUCUCCCUGCCGGCCACCACUGAGGGCAGGCGGGGCUUCUCAGUGUCUGUGGAGAGUGCCUGCUCCAACUACGCCACCACUGUGCAAGUAAAGGAGGUCAACCGGAUGCACAUCAGUCCCAACAACCGCAAUGCCAUCCACCCUGGAGACCGCAUCUUGGAGAUCAAUGGGACCCCCGUCCGCACACUCCGCGUGGAGGAGGUUGAAGAUGCCAUUAGCCAGACGAGCCAGACGCUUCAGAUCUUGAUUGAACAUGACCCCGUCUCCCAGCGCCUGGACCAGCUGCGGCUGGAUGCACGGCUCUCUCCCCACAUGCAGAAUGCUGGACACUCCCACACCCUUAGCCCCCUGGACACCAAGGAGAAUCUGGAAGGGACGCUAAGGAGACGCUCCCUAAGGCGCAGUAACAGCAUCUCCAAGUCCCCUGGUCCCAGCUCCCCAAAGGAGCCCCUCCUGCUCAGCCGUGACAUCAGCCGCUCCGAAUCCCUGCGAUGCUCCAGUAGCUGCUCGCAGCAGAUCUUCCGGCCAUGUGACCUGAUCCACGGGGAGGUCCUGGGGAAGGGCUUCUUUGGGCAGGCCAUCAAGGUGACACACAAAGCCACAGGCAAAGUGAUGGUCAUGAAGGAGUUAAUUCGGUGUGAUGAGGAGACACAGAAGACUUUCCUGACUGAGGUGAAGGUGAUGCGCAGCCUGGACCACCCCAAUGUGCUCAAGUUCAUCGGUGUGCUGUACAAGGACAAGAAGCUGAACCUGCUGACUGAGUACAUCGAGGGGGGCACACUGAAGGACUUCCUGCGCAGCGUGGACCCGUUCCCCUGGCAGCAGAAGGUCAGAUUUGCCAAAGGCAUCGCCUCUGGAAUGGCCUAUUUACAUUCCAUGUGCAUCAUCCACCGGGACCUGAACUCACACAACUGCCUCAUCAAGUUGGACAAGACUGUGGUGGUGGCUGACUUUGGGCUGUCACGGCUCAUAGUGGAGGAGCGGAAGAAGCCCUCAGUCGAGAAGGCCGCCACCAAGAAACGUACCUUGCGCAAGAGUGACCGCAAGAAGCGCUACACGGUAGUGGGAAACCCCUACUGGAUGGCCCCUGAGAUGCUGAACGGAAAGAGCUAUGAUGAGACGGUGGAUGUCUUCUCUUUUGGGAUCGUUCUCUGUGAGAUCAUUGGGCAGGUGUAUGCAGAUCCUGAUUGCCUGCCCCGAACACUGGACUUCGGCCUCAACGUGAAGCUUUUCUGGGAGAAGUUUGUUCCCACAGACUGCCCCCCGGCCUUCUUCCCCCUGGCUGCCAUCUGCUGCAAACUGGAGCCCGAGAGCAGACCGGCAUUCUCAAAACUGGAGGACUCCUUUGAGGCCCUCUCCCUGUCUGGGGAGUUGGGCAUCCCGCUGCCAGCCGAGCUGGAGGAACUAGACCAUACUGUGAGCCUGCAGUACGGCCUGAUCCGGGACUCGCCCCCCUAGCCCUGGCCGAGCCCCCUGCGGGGGGGCGUCCACAGCCACCACUGCCCCCUCUGCGCCCAGCCCUGCCGUGGGCGGGGCCAUCCGGGCGUCUCGUGGAUUGGCAGCUUGUUUAGAAGCAGAACAAGCCAUCCUACUACCUCCCUAGGAGGCGAGCGGGCCCAGCACCAGGGAAACACAUCUCCACAUGUUCUGAGGCCUGGUUACCGUCUGUAAAUCCAACACUCGCCUGAAAGCUGUGAAGAAGAAAAAAACGAAAAAAAUAAGCCUGGUCAUGUGCCAGGAGGAAUCUGUUACUCAUGACCACUCGGGAACUCCCCAGCAGUGGAUUCAGGGAGCUCUUGCUUACACUAAUCAGCGCAACCUGGGCCUGCUGGGCAGGAUCCCAGGUGAACCUGCAUGGGCCCUGAGGCCUCCAGUCCAGCUGGGUGCAGGAGGACCUCAUGUGGAAGCAUGGAGGAGAGAGAGCGCAAUGCAAAGACGUAAAGCAACAGUGGUGCUACCCCCUCCCACGCCACGUCCCGCCUCCCCUGGGACAAGGCUGAGGGCAGAGGUCUGAGAGCCCCUCAGUUAGUGUGUGGUGGAUCUGGCCAGGAGUUGUGGGAAGGGCUGGUUUCUGUCGCCUCCCAGGCUCAUGGGGCAUAGCAGACUAUGAUGCUGAGCCUGGCUGGGAACUUCUAGGCACAUCUUUUCUGCCUCCAAGCAAGCAGUCAGCCACACAUGCAGGAAGGAAAGAGGCCCUGCCCUCUAGAAAGCCCUAGUGUCUUGGCUUUUGUCACACCCUGGUGGGCACUCCAGCCAGGUGCCUGAGACAUUUGGCUCUGCGGGUUCGGGAGGACAGUGUGGCUCAUCUGGGGUGGAUGUGGGAAUCUCAGCAAUCUCCUGGCCCUGUCCACACCACUGCUCACCCCUCCAUGUCUCAUCCAGGCAGCACCUUGGGGGGUAGAGGUGGUGGUAGAGCCCCAGAGUGGAGGUGCUGGGGGAGACAGCUCACAUGCUGGGCUCUUUGGCUUCUACCUCCCUUGUUGGCUGGCCCAGCUCCUGGGCUGCUGUCCUCAGCCUGCUGAGCCACAGCUGCAGGUGCCAGAAAGUCCUGGGGGCACCCUCCACCCUGACUUCCAGAGCUGGGGGAUCUUCACCACAAAUAGAUUUGCUGCCUCCUAAGUUUGACCUUGCACCAUAUUUAACAAGUUAGGAAUGGGUUCGGGGUAUUACUGCAGUGUGUGGUGGUUGUAUUGGGGUGGGGGGAGGAGGUGGGUGGGAGUGAUCCGGGAGAACGGUUGCUGUUAAAACGAUCGUGUUGUUUAUGUUUUAUCUUUGGGGUGAUAUGUGAAAUACUGUACAUAGGCCUGAUGAGUUGUGGGAUUAGAAUGUCAUCUCUGGCCAGUUUUCUUGCUGUAUAGACCAUACUUAGGUAUAGAGUGUGCAAGCUUGCUGUAGCAUUGAGCCCUGGGCUCCCAGCAGCAGCGAGGUCAGCAUCGUGUGGCCAGUUGUGCCUCAGUGUCCCCAGCAAACGUGGGUGGGAGUGGUGGACCCAAGCUGGGCCACUGAGCAGACCAAAUAAAUUAAGCAGUUAACAUAACUGACAA